AUCGGGCCAUGUGGCGCCAUGGUGGCUGUUGUUGCACUGCCCAUGGACUGCUUAAAGGGCUGUGCCCAGUUCCUUCAGCCGAGCGUUGCAGAUGUGUUGGACGAAGAUCGCAGACUGCAGCUCUGGGACGGAGUGGAUUUGGCUCAGCUAUCAGAGACGUCUCUCAGGACGCUGGUGGCCUCCGGCGUCCCGUCAUCGCGUCGCUGGUCCCUGUGGACCUGGACGCUGGACCCACGGGACCCGCUGCCGGAGCUGCCGGGGGACCCGGUGGCGAUACCGGCGGAUGCGACGACGGCCCAGGUGGAUGCCUUGAGGACUAGCCUGGGAGGAGAACGCUUAUCUGCUGGUGAAGUCGAAAGCUUGGAGAAGGUGUUGAGAGCUUAUGCCAGCUACAACCCAGACAUUGGCUACUGUCAGGGGAUGAAUUUCGUGGUGGCGCUACUCUUGUUGGUGUCAGGAGAUGAAACAGAGACGUUUCGGACUUUCAUCCGCUUGGUUGACCACUUGGAGCUUGCUGGAUUCUAUGCUUCGGAUUUUCCAAAACUUCGAGAGUCGACGGAGAAAAGCUCUGAACUCUUGCAGAAGUUGCUGCCGAAGCUCUGCAACCAUUUGGAUGAGAAUGGAAUCCUUGUGGAGCAGUUUCUACAUUCCUGGCAUAUCUCCCUCUUUGCCAGUUGUUUACCUCGCGCCACGGUCCUGGAGCUUUGGGACGAGCUGCUCACCUCGCGGUGCACCGCGGCGGACCUGGCAGGGCUCAGCGUGGCGCUGCUGGAGCUGCGGGAGAAACAGCUGCUGCGGAGCAACGGGCAGCAGCUGAUGAGCGCCAAGCAAAGGCCUUGGGCAUGCGUUUGCGCAGGAGAAGCCACGAGCUCGCUCCGGACGGUCCAAAAAAGUCCCCUCUGGGGGCCCCGGGGCACCAGUGGGAGAUGAAAU